AAAAUAUAUAAAAAAAUUAAUAGAGCAGUUAAAAUCCAAUCAUAGAAAGAUUGAAAGAGAGAUGAAGCACGAGCCAAAUUAAUAUGUGUGUAGGUGUAGCUGUAGCUAGCCCACAAUGAAAUCAAGGUCAUAUAUAGCUUAACCGUAAUGAACUUGAGGCACAAUUCAUGCACAAUUUCCACUAAAUUUCGGGAGAACAUAAUUUAAGGAAAAAGUCUAAAGGGAGGUUUUCGUCCCUUAAUAGCAAAUAUAAUACAUUUCCCACCACUCUUUUCUUCCUUUCUCCCUAAGGAACUUUCGCAAUACCUUUCUUUCUCAUCUCUCUAUAUAACAACACCCUCUCCUUCCUAUUUCAUCUUCUUUCUCAUUUGCUUCACUAAUUUUCAUCAUCUGACUUUCCAUUUAUAUUCACACAUAAAUACAUAUAUAGAGCUUGGAAAGUAAGUAAUUUAUAUGGAAGAAGAAAAAGUACAAAGUAGUUGUGAUGAUGGGUUGGCGGGAAUAGAGCUUCCACCGGGUUUUAGAUUUCAUCCGACUGACGAGGAGAUUAUCAUUCACUAUCUUCUCAAUAAGGCCAUCGAUAGACGCUUCACUGCCAGGGCUAUUGCUGACGCUCAUCUUAAUAAGUGCGAACCCUGGGAUUUACCAAAGAAGGCAAAGAUGGGGGAAAAGGAAUGGUUCUUCUUUUUCCAAAGAGACAGAAAGUACCCAACAGGCAUGAGAACGAAUAGAGCGACAGAAUCGGGUUAUUGGAAGGCGACCGGCAAAGACAAAGAGAUUUUCUACAAGUCUGGAAACUGCCUUGUGGGCAUGAAAAAAACCCUUGUUUUCUACAAAGGGAGAGCUCCUAAAGGUGAAAAGACCAAUUGGGUGAUGCAUGAGUACAGGCUUGAGGGGAAUUUCACAAGCUACAACAUCUCUAGGACAGCAAAGGAGGAGUUCGUUGUUUGUAGAGUCUUUCACAAGCACACAGGAAUCAAAAGAGGCCCAGCAGUGUUAGAAAUAUCAAGAAUGGACUCAUUCAUAGAUCAUCUAUUAGAUAGCCCCACGCUGCCGCCUUUGAUGGACUACAACAACUCUAGUAAUUUCUCCCUUAACCAAGGACCAAAUUGCAAACCAGAAGACGAUCAAUCAACGCUGCAUAUUAUUGCCUCAUCAAGACCACUCAUCAACAACCAAAACUCACAAUAUUUGCAUAAUGACCCCAUAAACUUUCUUCAAAACUUCCCCAUCAAUUACCCAUUUUCCAGUACUGAUCCCAACUUUUAUUCCCAAAUUGCCCUUCCAACUUCAGUUCUCCCUUUUCAGACACAAAUACUCCAAGGUCAAAGCUCAAUAAUAAGACCUGCCUGUGAUCAACCAAAUUUAAGGCAAAAAAUGGAACAUUUUUCGAGUAACAACUCGGUCAAUAUCAGCCAAUCACAAGAAACGGGACUCAGCACGGAAAAUAUGGCGAACGAGAUUACAUCAUUUCAAAAAAUGGGAGACGUUGAGAGUGAUGAUAAUAAGGCAGCAUUUGGCGAUGAAGAACUCGAGGGAAUCGGAUUCAGUCCAGACAUAUCGGAUUUGGAGUCUUUGUGGAGCUACUGAUGAUGAUCAAGACUUGUUUAAACAACAUAUGUCUGGAUGAAGGGGAGAUUCAUGCAUGGUGGCUAUUGUACAUAUAUAACUUAAUUUGAUUUAUAUCUCAUUUUUUAGGAAGUUUAUUAGUACAUUAUUGACAUUGAUUUCGUAGGUCGUGUUUAUAUAUUGGGGUAUGCUCAUGAUCAUGAUUGCUAGCACUUGCGGCGUGUACGUUCAUUAUGUUUAUUCUUUAAUUUUCACUGUAAUAAAAUUACGGGGUGUAUUCAUUUGUGUUUAAUGAAAUGGUUGUUGUCAAUUUGCAGUUAAUUGUUAA